AUGAGGGACAACAGAGGAGCCACGGAACACCUCCUCAGGUUGGGGUGGAAGUUCUGGCGCUUGGGAAUCUGCAAGGCACUUGUCCCACUGCAGAGGGCCUGGAAAGCCUUCUCCCAGCCUGUCCCAGCCAGCUGCGGUGACCUGCUGAUUCAGCUGCUCCUGUGUGUUUCCCUGGCCAGUGUCACGGCAGGCCUGGUUCAUCACUGGCUGAUCUCUUCACAGCUUUAUCCUCGGGGACCCCCUGCCCUGGUGACCACUGUCUGUGGUCUCCUAGUCUUCCUGAGCCUGGCCCUGGUGCCCCCCAUACGCUGCCUAUUUGCACUCAGCGUGCCUACCCUGGGCUCUGAGCAGGGCCGCCGGCUGCUCCUGUCCUACAGUGUAGCCAACCUGGCUGUCGCUGUGGUGCCAAAUGUCUUAGCCAAUGUGGGUGCCGCUGGGCGAGUGCUGAGCUGUGUUACUAAGGGCUCGUUGGAGAGUCUGCUUAACACCACUUACCAGCUGCGCCUGGCAUCCCAGGCACUGGGCUCAGUCGGCCAUGCCGGUGGCCGGAGCCUGGCGUUUGAGGCACAGGGCAACGGUUCAGUCUUCCGCCUUCACAUGCGCAUGGUCACUCAGCAGAUCCUGGAGGACUUCUCUGGCCUGGAGUUCCUGGCUCAGGCAGCCCUGGGGAUUCAGCGGCUAGUCACCGGGCUGUUUAUGCUGGGCCUCCUGGGCGAGUCUGCCUGGUACCUUCACCGCUACCUCACUGACCUGCGCUUCGACAAUAUCUAUGCCACUCGGCAGCUGGUUCGGCAGCUGGCCCAGGCUGGUGCCACACAUCUGCUGGCCUCUCCACCUCCCUGGCUGCUCCAAGCCGCCCAGCCAAAGCUGUCGCACGAGGAAUUGCUGAGCUGUCCCCUAAGGCUGGGACAACUGACACUGCUCCUAGUAGCUACGGCUGUGACAGUGGCCACAGACUAUGGGGCCUUCCUCCUGGCGCAGGCAGCUGUGGCCUGGGCUCAGAAGUUGCCCACUGUCCCCAUCACACUCACGGUGAAGUAUGACGCCUCCUAUAAACUCCUAGAUUUCAUCCACUUCGUCCUCAACCAGCCUCCGGUGGAGAGCGUGUUUGCCUCGGCACAGCGCUCAUUUCAGUGGGAGCUGUACUCACUGCCCCACGACUGCCACCUGCCUCGGGCUCAGCCGCCCCGAGUCACUGCCGCGCUGGCUGCGGGCGCCCUGCAGCUGCUGGCCGGUGCCACCUUAGUGCUGCAGGCCUACGCUUGGCGCCUGCGGCACGCCAUCGCCGCUUCCUUCUUCCCGGCCCAGGAAGCCAGGAGGGUUAGCCACUUGAAGGACCGACUCCAGAGGAGACACGACCGGAGUGACCGCCUGGACAGACAGGCCUGCACCAUGGGCACCUGGGAACCCAGGGAACCCGUGCAGGGGACGAGAGCUCCGGAGUCACAGGGACCUCAGUCGCUUGGCCCCUCUUUGGCCUCCGUGUGA